GGCCUCGCGAAAGGCGGAGCUUUGGGAAGAAGCCCCAGUUCCUCAGAGGGGCGGGGCGGCGGGAGCGGCGUCCGGAAGGCGGGGGCGGGGCGCGGCGGCCAUGCUGGCGGCAGGCGCAGACGCAGGCGCGGGCGGCGGGGCGGGCGCUGCGGACGACGGCGCGGACGGCCAGGACCGUCGCGGUGGCCGGGGCGGCCCCGGCUUUCCCGGCGGCGCGGGCGAGGCCGCUGCUGCCGCCGCCGGCAGGGCUCGACCCGUCUCGCGCGCACGGCACGUCCCGGAGCCGGGCGGAGACGCCGCUGCCACGACUGGACGGCGGGAGACCCGAAGACACGGAUUUGCCCUCUGCGUGCCUUUUCCAUCCUGCUUGGAGGCGGAGAUCGCCUGUGGGUCCCUGGCCCCAGAUGCCGAGCCCCACAGAAAGGCUGUCGAGAAGCAGCUCACCGUGAGCGGCAGCGUCCUGGCCGUCCGCUGGAGAGCUGAGGAUCCUCGCCUCCUGCGAAUUUCCGUCCUCAACUUCCUGGACCACCUUUCCCUGGUGAUGCGGACCAUGCGGCGCUUUGGGCCCCCCAUUUCCCGCUAAGCCUGGGCUGGGGAGAGGAGCUGAAGUCUAUCGUGUCCCUCCCUGGGGGACUGCGUCCUUCCCGGGACAGGGACUCCUGUCGUACCUGCUGCCCCUGUGUUAGGAGGGCCUAAUCCUCUGACGCUAAUGGCCCCAGGGCACUCAGGGCCCCUUUGUUUUGUUUUGUUUUGUUUUGUUUGCCGCUUUGUUCUUCAGUCACUGCAGACUCAGUCACUGCAGACAAUUAAACGGAGCUGAGCUGUGCCAUUCUGUCUGGGUUUCUUUUCCACCAUGGCACCGCCUUCAGAGGGUCUUCCCUUUGUCCUCGGGGAAGCGGAGGGGAAGUUCUGGGAUGGAGAUAGGGAGGCACGAGAGCGGACUGAAGACAGUGGAGGAAAUGGGAGAAC